AUGGGCGGAAGAGUCCACGGAGUUGGGCAGAAGGAGGCGGAGCCCGGCGUGAGGCGCUUCCCAGGCUCUAGUGAGUUCCUGGAAUUCGGGGAUUCCUGCUCGGGCAUCAGCGCCUGGAAGGCGGGGUCGGAGGCGGGGGGAGCCCUCGGCGGGGCGGGCGCUGAGCCCGGCGGUGCCAUUCACUCCCUCCGAAGCCAGCGCCCAGGCCCGCCAGCCGCCCCCGCGGCGCGGUCUCCACCCCUGCUCCGACCCCGGCCCGCCCCAGGCGCUCGCAGCCGCCGCAGGACGUCGUCUCCACCUCGCGGCGCCCUCUGCCCACUGCGAGCCCCGCAGCCCGCGGCGAGCUCAGGUGACACUCGAUCAGAACCGUCGCUGUGCCUUGCACUGUGUCACCGUAAGGUUCUCCUCAGGCGAGCUCAUUAUCCCCUACACGCCGCGUCUCGAGACUCAACCCCGCUGAGCUCUGGGGUCGUAGCUGCAGCUGCUUCGGCGCUCCAAGACCAGAGAGGAAGCAAAGGCACAGCUUGGCAGCCAGGCAUCGCCGCUUUGGCCUUGCAGGUAAGACAGACAAGGAAGGUGAUCUGGGAGGCUGGAGAGCUUGCCAAGGUCACGGACCGCUGGCUUUCUGCCUCCCAGGUCCAAGCUCUUUCCUGGACAUCUGCAGGCAAUGUCGACAUGCCCUCCGGCGUCUGUGGUGGGCAAAGGAUGUGCCUCCACCUCCGGACCUUCCGAUCCCGCUGCAAGUGUCCCUCAGCCUGUUUCCUGAGAAGCCCUGGGGCUUCUGGCUUGUUACUUUUUCUUUCUCUUGAAGUAAACAGAAAAAAAGAGAGUUGCUCAGACAUCUUUGGCUGUGACCCACAGGAGAUGAUGCAAUCUGCACAGCCCCCCCAUGCAUGUGUGUGCACAGGCGUGGACAGAUAUCUAAAACUGGCACCAGCUUCACAAAACACUUGCCCUUAUGCAACACACAUUCACUCUACACUCAUCCUCCAUCUCGACAGAAAAUUCAAGUAUACGUUCAUAGUUGAUAUAUGCGUGCCUGUACAAAUGUGUGCACAUGUAUUCAUGUAUGUGUAUAGCUGAUACCAUUUUCAUGAAACACUCACCCUGCGUGUGAUAUACUCCUAUUUUCUAGGAAUCGCUGCCCACUGAGCUUCUAUCCAAACCUCAGUGGAUUAUAAUCUAAGUUUGGCAAACACUGAGCAGGGAGGAGUCAUGCCUGCAGGGCCCCAAGGGUCCCUGAAUUUGGGUCCUGAUCACUCUGCUCCACCCAGUCGAGCAGGCAAAUGCACUCAGCCCAUAAGGAAAAAGGGAAGGAAGGAAGGUA